GUACCUGAACUUGUUGCAUUUAAUUAUAACAUUUACCACUUCUGCGAAUCUGCAAAACUGUUGGAGUUCAUCGACUGAUACAUUUUGUGUCGUAUAAUUAAAAUAAUCCAGCAUUUACAAUCAUGUCUCUCAAAAACGACGCAUUUCCCUCCUCCGCAGCCUUCGACGCCAUCUCCUCCUCCCUCGAAUCAUCCCCCACCGACCGCGCCGACGCCAUCAAACAGGGCAACGCCGUCUUCGCCUUCACGCUCAAGAACAAAGCGGGCGAGACAGCCAACUGGCACAUCGAUUUAAAGAAGGAAGGCAAAGUCGGAAGCGGGCUGGGCGAAAAACCUACCGUGACACUGAGUCUGAGUGAUGACGAUUUCGGAAAGUUGGUCGCGGGAAAGGCGAACGCGCAGAGGCUUUUUAUGGCGGGGAAAUUGAAGGUUAAGGGUGAUGUGAUGAAGGCGACGAAGAUGGAACCGAUCUUGAAGAAGGCCCAGGGGGGUGUUAAGGCGAAGUUGUAGAGAGGUGUGGGAUGGGGAGUGCGGGUUUGCUGUCCUGUGUAAUGGGGUCUUAGAUGUCUAGUCUAUAGAUGGGAAGUGAUGUGGUGUGUUUUGGGGGCAUGCUCUCAACUAGAAUCAGCGAGAAUCGGGUUGGAUAGAAUGCUUGGUUUUUGCUAUCAGGAUAGAAUGCGUGUUUGUCUGAUAUGCGAGUCAACUUGGUCAGUGGAACCGCACUUGUUUUGAUACCUCAGAUAGGGAUUAAGAGAUACAUUAUCGUUUUUAUUUUGUUGUUCUACUAUCGUAUGGUAUCUUUCUGGGUAGCUUUGAAACUCGAUGUUUUGAAUGUUGUAUGGUUUGCUUAUCUUACACAUUUACCUACUCCCAAACAUUGCAAGUCCUCGAAAUUGUGUCCCCGAUCCAAAUGAGUACAACUCAUCUA